CAAACUUGGGUUUUAUUGAUGUGCUUGCUUUAAUGGGCCUAAAGCCCAUACAACAGCAUCACUAUCCACGCCGUUGUCUAUUCUUAUUAUUCACCCCACCCGGUACACCGACCAAACCUUGGCCAACACGUCCAUAAUAUUUCAUCCUCCCUCCUAAUUUACUUUAAUAUCCUCAACUUUCCUAAUCGUUCAGGGAAUAUUCUCAUAUACCCUAGACAUAUGCGUCUUUUCCAAUCUAAAAUGUUGAGAGUAUAUUUUUAUUUAUAUAUAUAUGAGUGACCCCUGCGAGAGACAACGGCCACUGAACACUAUCGAUCUAAUCUUUUCAGCUCUCUCCAUCGUCGUCGUAUCUGUGACUCUCGUGAUCAUCGCCUGAAAAAAAUUUGAGAUAAUGGCCAGAAAGUUCUUCGUCGGAGGCAACUGGAAAUGUAACGGAACUGCUGAGGAGGUGAAGAAGAUUGUGAACACUCUUAAUGAAGCUCAGGUUCCUUCACAGGAUGUUGUAGAGGUUGUGGUUAGCCCUCCAUAUGUUUUUCUUCCCCUGGUUAAGAGCACAUUGAGGUCUGACUUUUUUGUUGCGGCACAAAACUGUUGGGUUAAGAAAGGAGGUGCUUUCACUGGUGAAGUGAGUGCGGAGAUGCUUGUGAACUUGGAUAUUCCAUGGGUUAUCCUUGGUCACUCUGAAAGGAGGGCAAUCCUUAAUGAAUCAAGCGAGUUCGUCGGAGACAAGGUUGCCUAUGCACUUGCUCAAGGUUUGAAAGUGAUUGCUUGUGUUGGUGAGACUCUUGAGGAGCGGGAAGCUGGAUCGACCAUGGAUGUUGUGGCUGCCCAGACCAAGGCUAUUGCCGAUCGGGUGACAAACUGGUCAAAUGUUGUCAUAGCCUAUGAACCAGUGUGGGCCAUUGGAACCGGAAAGGUCGCUAGCCCAGCCCAAGCUCAAGAAGUACACGAUGAGCUGAGGAAAUGGCUGGCCAAGAACGUGAGUGCUGAUGUCGCUGCUACAACCCGCAUCAUUUAUGGAGGAUCCGUCAAUGGUGGUAACUGCAAGGAGCUAGGUGGACAGGCCGAUGUUGAUGGUUUCUUGGUCGGUGGUGCUUCUCUAAAGCCUGAGUUUAUCGACAUCAUUAAGGCCGCAGAGGUGAAGAAAAGUGCCUAAUGAGCUCAUUAAGCAAUUUAAAAGUCCUUUGCUUUUCCAGUCGCAACUCUGAAAAAAUGAAUAAGUUGGUAUUAUGAUAUGAUACAUUUUGCUUCAGUUGUAUUUGGCAAAAGUUUCUCUCUUACUAUAUUGUUUUGAGAACGCAACAAUCAUUUUCUUCGCCAUUUAUUUAGCUGUGGACUUGCAAUUUGCAAAUCCCUUCCUUUUACAGUCUUCUCAACUCUUCAGAGAAUCUGUGUUUGGAGUUCAUAACCCCUCGGGCCUUUUGAUCAAACCCCUAUUUCUAAUGUCGUCCGAUCAUAAACCUGUGUGUUAUAUAAUAUGUUGUUUGUUCCAUUUUAGACUUUGGUAUUUUGUCAUGCUUGAUCUCUGAAUCAUGCUGUCAACCACUUUGAAAAUGGCUUUACUUGUUAAAUAAAUGACGAGAGAAUACAGGAGAAGUGGGAAAUGACUUUAUUUUUUCCCUUUUAUCGCUUUUUGCC